AUGGCUUUGGAGAGUGAAGCUGGCAGCGGCUCCGGAAGGUGGUUGGUUCACGAAAGAGGCGAGCGGCGGUGGCUCGUUGAGAAUGUAGUGUUGUAUGCUAAGAAGACACUUUCUUUAAAUGUUCUUCAGGGUGCUAAGAUUCAAGCAGGUAUUAAGAGUCAUCUGAUACCUGUUUUUGAUGGACAGCUUCAAGAAGAUGUUGUUGUGAUUCUGUCGAAAUUUGGUGUUGAUUGGCAAGGUGUUGAGUAUGGUUUCAAUUUCAGAGCUUAUGAAGAUAUUCUUCAAGGAGAGGCGUUAAACGCUUUGAGUGUUGAUGUUGUUGGAUCUGUGAUUUGUUGUGGAGAUCUUGAAAUCUUUGAUCGACCUCCAAAUGAGACUAAGAAGAUGAAUUUCAAUAUUGAAGACUUGGAGGGUAAGGUUUUGCGGUGUACUGUGUGGAAUGAUUAUGCUCUGCAGAUUAAGGACUUCAUUUCUAAAAUCCCACCUCUUGAGCAUGUGAUGGCUGUUAUACAGCAUGAAAAGUGUAAGGAAUGGAAAGGUGAAUACACUGUUCAAAGUGAUAAGUUUGCAACACGAAUUUUUCUGAAUGAAGAAAUUGAUGAAGUUAAUAAGCUAAGGAGGAGGAAGUGUCUUGUGUUUUUACAGGAAAUGUCUUGUGUUGUGGUUGCGACAAUUAAGAUUGUGCAAGAAGAGUAUGAUGAUAUUCUUCGAUUGCCUGCGACUUCUUUGGUUUAUAUCAAAUGUUAUACUGAAUUUUACUUAGUUAGUUAUGUAUAUUUCAUGUUCAAGGUGCAAGUGCGGGUGCAGGAUGAGAGUGGUAGUGUUUCUUUCGUUAUGUUUGAUAGAGAUGUUCAGAAGCUUCUUGGAUUAGCGGCGAGUGACAUAAGAGAGAGGCAGGCUGCUUUUAAGAUUGAUGUUUCAGAGUUCAAUCUUAAAAAUGACUAUCGUGUUUAUACUGUGCAAAAAACAUGUGAUGAUCCAGUAAUAAUUGCUGAGUUGGUUGGUGGAGAUGGUAAUGGUGAUGAAAAUACUGAGGAGGUUACUCAAGAGGUAGCUGGCGUUAAAGACGUUAGCCUUUCAGAAUCUUCCCAGGUGUCUGCUGAACGAACUUCAUGGGAUGUUGUCUCUGUUACGGCCGACUCUUCAGCCGUUGAAGUUGAAAAGGAUUCUAGAUCAAGUCCCAAUGGAAAGCGGAUGGCUCAAGAUGCUGAUGUUGUCAACGUUGAUGAGCUAUUCACUAAUGUGUGA